GUAAAAAAGCGGAUGGCGAACUCAACACCAGAUGGGAACCACACAGCGAAAGGUCAAGCCUUGUUUUGCUCGACUCGUCAUUAUGGAUUGCCGCAAAAGAUUUUCAUUUUGACGUUAAAUGUUCCUAUGUCUAUAACUACAAUACUAGGGAACGUACUGAUCAUUGCUGCACUUCAGAGAGUACAUUCUAUCCAUCCGCCGUCAAAAGUUCUCCUCCGAUGGCUUAUGGGUACUGAUCUUGUCAUGGGUCUUCUUUCACAGCCUCUCUUUGUUAGCUUUUUAACGUCUCAGGAGCACUCAGUAACUUGUAAUUAUCUGAAGACCCUUUUUUAUACCACUGCUACAUUACUUGGGUUAGGGUUGAUUUUGACACUGACAGCAAUAAGCGUGGACCGACUCUUUUCUCUUUUACUUGGUCUGAGAUACCGGCAGCAGGUAACUAAGAAAAGAGUGCGGGUCACAAUGAGUUUGCUUUGGCUUCUUAGCGCUGUGAUUGCAUCGACGUUCAUUUAUCAGCCAUUCGUUACAACGAGCAGCGUUUACACAACUGGUUUCAUGUGCGUGAUCGCCUCCACGUUUUGUUACUUAAAGAUUUUCUUGAGACUUCGCCAGCUUCAAACACAAGUAAACGUACAAGGGCAAUUUGGUCAGGGAGAAAUCUUCAAUAUUGCACGCUACAAAAAGACGGUGACGGGCGUAGUCUGGGUGCAGAUAACACUAGUGAUUUGUUAUGUACCACACGCGCUAGCCCAAGCUAUAUUUGCUUUCACUGGAUCGAAUACGCCAUCUUUCAACUUCGUUUGGGAUGUGACAAUUUCUAUGGCUUUCUUGACCUCAACUCUGAAUCCUUUCUUAUAUUGCUGGAAGGUUCGCGAGGUAACACGUGCAUUGAAGGACACAGUCAGACCAUUGUUUUGCUGAGUAAGGGAAAAAAAUGCGUAACACAUUGGAAUGAGCGGUCCGCCGUAAGAAAAGUAUGCAUUUGGAAAAACAAAGCUUCAGGGCGUGAGGCGCGCAAGCACAGCCCUAAACGUAAGAAAUUAUAGUACCCAUCAAGUUUGGUUACUAUGUAAUAACAGAACAGGAAAAUUUAAAAGUUUCAUUUUAUGACUUAUACAAUAACUUAAAGGGAUACUCUGCUGAGAACGACCUCGAUAUAAGUUAUACAUCAUGU